AUCGCAGCGAUACCAGAAACAUGUAUGUAGAUAUACCAGAUGCGCCUAUACACACACAAAGACACGCACACACAUAAUCACACCUCUACGGCUCCUCGUCUUGUUGAAUUGAAUUUAGUAGCUGAGAACGUCUACUUGUAAUUCUCCGCAAAUCGAUGUGAUUUUACACCCCAAUUUUCCUAGAUUUACAAUACUCGAAAACCAAUUAAAUUGGGGCUUCUUUUCUAGGGUUUACUGUAUAGUUAAAUUGAGAGAUGGGGAGCACGAAGAUGGCUUACUUCUUGGUCAAUUAUAAUCCUAUCUCUUGCUCUCAUAUGCUGAAAGUUCCACCAAAAUUCAUUGAGAAUAUGGAAGGAUAUACGUGUGGAACUGUGUCGUUGGAAGGUCCUAGUGGGGAUUUCUGGCAUGCGUCCUUGAUUAAGCAUGAUAAUGAUUUAUGUAUUUAUGAAGGGUGGCAAUCAUUCGUCAGAGAUCAUUUUUUGGAAGAUGGCGACACUUUGCUAUUUGGAUAUGAAGGUGAUUUGCAGUUUGUUGUGCAAGUUUUUGAUCAAAGUUCCUGUGAGAAGGAAGCAGCAUCUACUGCACGAUGCAGUCAAGACCAAAGCAAAUGUAAUAAUUUAAACGCGAAAAAGAGGGAAUCAGUAGAAAACACUGUUGGAUAUCCACGGAAAAAGAUGAGAAGUUCUCAAGUCCCUUCAGAUAUAGCUGUCAAAGAGAGGCGCUUGCAAGGAAUAGUGGCUUCUAUGGGCAUGACAAGUGAAACAUCUCGCCUUUCUACCUUGGCUGAAUAUGUUAGCGGUCCUUCUAAAAAUUCUGUGGCUGUUGCUGGGCCGUCAGGUAAAAACUCAGUUAAUCAUGCAUUGCUGUCAGCUACUGAAGCAGAUAGGAUAGCUCAAGCAUUUACUUCCCUCUAUCCUACAUUUACUAAGGUUAUGAAAAGGUUCAACGUAAGUGGAUCAUACACAUUGAACAUCCCAUAUCAGUUCUCUAUGGCACACCUGCCUAAAUGCAAAGUACAGCUUAUACUUCGGAAUGAAGACGGAAAAAGUUGGGUUAUUAAUUCAAUUCCAAACACAAGAGUGCAAACGUCACAUACAUUUUGUGGAGGGUGGUUGAGUUUUGUCCGGGACAACACCAUUAAUAUGGGAGAUAUCUGCAUCUUCGAACUAGUGCAGAAUUGUGAAUUUCUUGUGCGAAUUCUCAGGGUACAAACUGAAGGGGUCGAUAAUCAUAGCAAUAAGUCAGUUUGUAAAAUGACGAACAACUCAUGUGCUACACAGAAGACUCCAGGUUAUAUGACUACAUCAAAAGGAAAUUCUCGUGAAUCUCAUGCAAAACCAAAAUCCAAGGCAGAGAAAUCCGGUUGCAAUAAAAAUCAAGGGAGCAAUAGGAGAAAAAACAAGCAACUCCAACAGAGUCCACAAAUCAGGAGUUUUAUGUCAAUGAAAUCAGCACCUGAAGAAAAGAUAGCAGCAGAAUCAUUUCUUUCCAAUUUGCCUCAUUUUGUCAGAAUCAUGAAGAAGUUUAACAUAAGUGGUUCAUUCACGAUGAAAGUUCCAUGUAAGUUUUCCAUGGAACAUCUUCCUAGUUGCAGAACAGAGAUUGUACUUCGCAAUAUAAAAGGAGAUUGUUGGACUGUAAACUCAGUUCCAACUAUGAAGGUGCAGACUCUACAUACUUUUUGUGGUGGGUGGAUGGCGUUUGUCCGUGAUAAUGAUAUUCAAAUGGGGGACAUCUGCAUCUUUGAGCUUAUUGGGAAAUGUGAAAUGCGUGUCCAUAUAUCUAGUUAUGGGAGGAAAGACCAGGAGUAUCAAGGUGGAAGAGUAGCCUCAAAUGAACUAGCUCUUAUGGUAAACAGCCGUCCCCUCUUGCAGGGUACAUGAAGAGCUGCUAAUAUGUGAGUUUAAUCAAGCAUUACUAUCUCAGUCAUUUGUGUAUCUUUAAUUGGAUGUUUUUUUGCUUUUUAGUCUGAUUAGAGAAGGGCAUAAUUGUAGUCUAGUGUGUACAUGUAUCAUGUUAUCUGUUCCUCUAGGUGUGCAAGUUCCACCAGCCAUAAUCUCAAGUUACUGAAUAUGGUGAAUGGUGAUAGAUAUGAUUAGCGUCUUUUAUUUUUCUUCCAAAUCUUGUCCCGGUGGUAAAUUUUAUUUCAUUUCUAAACUUUUAAUAUGGUAGAUUUAAUCAUGUAGUGUGACUUGUUAGUUUUGAAAACUUGAGUGCACACAAGAGUGUUCUCUCUGCCUUUUGUAACUUUGUAUAUUGAAUUAGUAAUGUGCUUUGAUUUCAAAAUUUAGUUAUAAUGCAGAGGUGAUCCCGUCUUUAUGCUACAAGACCGGACUUCUGUGAAGUUACUUGUGAUGA